UAUUGUUAAUGUUUUUAAUAAUAAGUUAAUAUAUGAUAAUAACUAAACUUCAAUAAACAUCAAAACAAUUGUUUAGUUUUACAAAAUUAAAUCAUAAUUAUUAUUAUAACUUUGUGUAUAUCCUAUGAUAUAAUUACAACAACAAAAAAUAAUAUUAAAUAAAAUGAGUGGACCCGUAGGUGGUAAUCAAGCAAUGACGACAACUAGCGGCCAAUUGAAAGCCCAAAUCGGACCGUCCAUUUUGAAUGCCGACCUGUCAUCGCUGGCCAAUGAAUGUCAUCGAUUGUUGGGCUGCGGCGCCGAUUAUCUGCAUUUGGAUGUAAUGGACGGCCACUUUGUACCCAAUCUGACAUUUGGUCAUCCGAUGGUGGCCUCGUUGCGUCGAUCGGUGCCCGUAGCCUUGUUCGACAUGCAUAUGAUGGUUAGCGAACCGCUUAAGUGGGUACAGGCCAUGAGUGACGCCGGUGCCAAUCAAUACACGUUUCACUACGAGGCCUGCGGCGAUGAUGACCAGCAAGUGUUUGACUGUAUUAGACGGGUACGCGAGGCCAACAUGCGGGUCGGACUCGGUAUCAAACCUAACACUCCAGUCGAUAAGUUGUUCCCGUUUAUCGAAGAGUUAGAUCUUGUACUUGUCAUGACUGUAGAACCGGGAUUCGGUGGACAAAAGUUUAUGACCGAUAUGAUGACCAAAGUGGAGACAUUGAGACAACGGUAUCGCCAAUUGGACAUUGAGGUCGAUGGUGGCGUUUCGCUCGAUACGGUUGGCCAGUGCGCCGAUGCCGGUGCCAAUUGGAUUGUUUCGGGAACUGGUAUUAUCAAUGCACCAAAUCCUCAGCAAGUGAUUAGACAAAUGAGAGAUGUGGUCAAUGAGGCCAUCGAAAGGUCACAAUUAGAUCGUUAA